AUGAAUAAUUAUAAAUUAUAAAAAGUCUUAUUCAAAAAAGUGAAUAAAGGUGUAAUAGUGGAAGAACAUCUCCUUGUUAGAUCGUUGCUAGAUAAACAAUGUUAUGUCUUAAAAAGAACAGAUAUUAGCAAAAUUAAUGGGGAAAGAUUAAAGGAAAUCGAAAAUCAUCUCAAACUAUUGAUUAAUAUCAAACACCCAAGUUUAACUAAAAUUAAGGAAUACUUCAUUGAAUCUUAAUAUCUUGUCUAAGUCUUAGAAUAUUGUGGAGAAUAAAUUUUAAAUGAAAGACUAAACAAGUAAGUUUCUGUUAAUUUAGUAUGCUAAUAUUUACUUUAGUUGUUAUUCGCAUUAAAUUACUUAGAAAUGCAACAGAUUAAUGUCUCAUUAGAUUUAGACACAAUCUUUUUGAAUUCAUUUGGAUCACUCAGAAUAUAAUUCGAUUUAUUAUCCCACAAAAAUUGGAAAGAAGAAGUCAAAUAUCUAUAGCAAGUCUUAAAAAAAACUAAUUUGGACUGGGAAUCAUAAAAAUCACAUGAAUUAUCUUAAAUCCUUAAAUCACUAAUGUAACCAAAUCCACCAAGUGUUUAGUAAAUGAUUAAUCAUCCUUAUUUACUCAAAGCAAUGUUUGAUUUUUGCAAACAAUAAGAUCUAGAAGCUUAAGCUUAAUUGAAUUAAGAAAAAUUAAUUAAAGAACAAACCAACAAUAAAAGAGUUGUGAGAGCAUCCACUUCUGCAAAUUAAAAUAGAUAAAAAAUAUCGUAAUAGUCUCCUGUUUAAAGGAAGAAUUCAAAGGAUAGACCUUAAACCAAUUAAUAGCACAAAAAGAAACCUGAACAAUAACAGAUUAAACAAUAGCCAAUUAAAAAUUAAAUACCUCCAAGACCUGUAAGAUAAAGGAAUAACUCCUAAGAUGCUGUCGCUAGUGAAUCCAUCUUAAAUCAAGAUUUAUUGAUGACUAAAGGCAAAGAAGAAUUACAAGAAUUAUUACAACUCUAUAAAGACUAGCUUAAAGAAAGUAGUAAAUAGUAUAAUCCUUGGUUAAAUAUGUCUGAGAUUAAAGAAAUAACUGAAUAUGAUUCAACUACCAAUCUCAAUCAAUAAUAAUCAUGA